CGGCCACAUUGAGGGGGCUGUGAAGCGUGGGGGGGAGCAGGACGCGGCAGGUCCGCCCCUCCCCUCCCUACCGCUACCCAACCCGGUUCAAGAUGAACUAUAUGCCGGGUACCGCCAGCCUCAUCGAGGACAUUGACACUGCGGACAUUUAAGGAGAGCGCCGGCCGGCAGGAGCCUGAGAGCCGCUGCUGGACGGGGAGGCCAAACCUUGAGAGGCCCAGGAAGCAGCAGCCGAGCUGCCCCGGGAAAGAUGCUUCUGGCUACCUUCAAACUGUGUGCUGGGAGCUCCUACAGGCACUUGCGGAACAUGAAGGGUCUUCGGCAACAGGCCAUCAUGGCCAUUGGCCAAGAACUGAGCAAGAGGGCCAUAGGGGGCCCCACACCCGGAGCGUGGAUCAACCAGGUUCGCCGCCGGAGUUCCUUGCUGAGCUCCCGGCUGGAAGACAGCCUCUAUAACGACCAGGAAAUGGCCUAUCUACAACAGGGGGAGGAAGCCAUGCAGAAAGCCCUGGGCAUCCUCAGCAAUCAGGAUGGUUGGAAGAGUGAGACUGAGAAGGCAAAUGGAGACAAAGUGCUGAGUAAGGUCGUUCCAGAUGUGGGCAAGGUGUUUCGGCUGGAGGUGGAGCUGGACCAGCCGAUGGAGAGGCUUUAUGAGGAAUUAGUGGAACGAAUGGAAGACAUGGGUGAUUGGAACCCCCGGGUCAAGGAGAUUAAGGUCCUGCAGAAGAUUGGGAAGGACACAGUCAUCACUCAUGAGAUCGCUGCCGAGUCACCGGGCAACAUCGUGGGACCCCGAGACUUCGUGAGUGUGCGCUGUGCCAAGCGCCGGGGCUCCACCUGUGUGCUGGCUGGCAUGGCUACUCACUUUGGGGACAUGCCCGAGCAGAAGGGUGUCAUCAGAGCGGAGCACGGUCCCACUUGCAUGGUCCUCCGUCCUGUGACUGGAAACCCCUCCAAGACCAAGCUGACCUGGCUGCUCAGCAUCGACCUCAAGGGGUGGCUACCAAAGACCGUCAUUAACCAAGUUCUGUCCCAGACGCAGGUGGACUUUGCCAACCACCUGCGCAAGCGCCUGAUCUCUGGCUCAGCUCCUGCUGCUGCUCUCAGCUGUUGAAGACCUCCCGACGGCUCCUAAUGGUCCCUUUGAUGGGUCCUUGUCUACGUACCAAUUAGCAAAAACCCAGCUAGGAAAAGCCUGUGUGUGGGUCUGCAUAAACAUCUCCUUUCUAGACCAGUGGAUAAGAGUAGUGAUGAGAGGGGAUUGUGGGGUGGGGGGUGGAGGGAAUUGCUUAGUCUAGCAAAUAAGGGCAAAACUUGCUGAGAUCACAGAGCGCACCAAGAACCAGGAGCCUUCUCUGGUCCAAGUUGGGGUGGUGCUGGAAUAGGUCUGGCAGAGGUGAGACUAGUCCAAGGCUUUCUAAGUCUUCAACUGCUGAAAACAUUUAAAAAUAAUUCUGGCUCCUCGGUGAGACUGAAGCAAGGCGAAGAUGUGAGCAAAGGGUCUCAAGGCUACUAUCUACAUGUGUCAUUUAAUGUCUGUUGGAGGGUCUCGGUUUUCUCCCAUUAAAAAGUCUUGGACUAGAUGACCCCUUUAGCUAGCCAAAUCCAUGGGUUGGAAGGGUAGGGAGACCAAACAAUCAUUUCUUUGGCAAAUGAAAUAGAAGUUCAUGAAUCAGUCAUAAGGGAACUUUUUCAAGUGUGAUGAUGAACACCAAAGAAGUUUUUCAUUUACUAAAAGAAUGUCAAACAGAAAGAGAAAUAAGAAUGCUAAGGAAAGAAAAAGAGAGUUGACCAAAUCUACCAAUGCAGUUAUUUCCCAGAGGCUUAAAGUUGAAAAGGGACUACCCAUUCCUGGUGUAAUAGCAAGAACAUUGGACUUAGACCUAGAAGUCCUAGCUGUGCCACUUGGUUGUUCUGUGAUCUUGGGCAAAUUACCUUCCUUCUCUGGACCUCAGUUUCCUCAUCUGUGAAUAGGAAGGGGUUGGAUCAAAUGUCCCUUUCUAGAGUAAUCUUCCCAUGUUUCUGUUUUGGGUAUUCAAGACAAGUGAACUCAAUGGGUCAGAACUUCAGGGGAGUUUAGGAGAGCAGAUCCAUACUAACAUAUGCCUUUCAUUUAAAAUGCUGUCUAAAUCUAAAAGAUAUAAGCAACCAAUUCUUCGGGUUUCUGAAGCAAAAAUGUCUAUGUUAAUAAAUCAAUGCUUAACUGUUAGGUGGGUGUAGCAAAAUCUCUUUCCAAGUUUCAGGCACUUCUCAAUUAGGGGAGGCUUUGUUAUUGUUAAAAAAAAUUUGCAAGCAACAGAAUAAAUUUGCUCUCAAAUCCUUUCUCCUCUACUUCACAAAACAGAAUAGUUAAGAGAAAGGAAGGUUUGCAUGUGGAAACAAGGCUUUUAUUUAUUCAAAAUACUAGUGAGAAUGUUGCUAUUUAUUGUUUUAAGUUUUACAACACAAGAAGGUAUUUAUUAAUAUUUAUUUUAUUGGAUUAUUCCAAAGAGCAUGAAUUAAACACCAUUCUUGCCUUCAGCAAAAUGUCAUUUUUGACUUGUCUGCCCAAAAUCCAAAGAUCAGAGAGGGAGGCAAAUGUAAUAGCUCACAUUUAUCUAGUGCAUUAAAGUACGUGUGUAACCAACACUGACUUUAAGAGUAAAAAAGACUGCUCAUUUAGAAAAUCUCCAAAGGAAACAAAUGAGGAAAGAUAGCAAUAUGAAUGCUAGUUUAGAGAAAGGAGAGAAAAUUCCUCAAGAGAUGGGCCCAGGCUUUUCAGCAUAACCAAAAGUGGUGGCAUUUCAAGGAUCAUGGGACUUCCAGGUGGGGAGGCACUUCUUCAGCUGUCUCCAAAAAUUGUAACCAUGCUUGAAAUCUUCUGAGACGGUUUAAAGAUUAUUUUAAUUUUGGUUUGGAAUAAAGCAAUCUUUUUAAUGA